AUGGACCUCUUAGGUCUUUUCACUGCUGCGAAGGGACAACUCCGUUGCUUAAUAAUAGCCGUAGAUUACUUCACUAAAUGGAUAGAAGCUAAACCCCUCACUGCCAUAACCUCAGCCAGAGUGCAAAAGUUCUUGAAAGGAAUGGUGAGCCAAUUUAGAAUCCCAGCCGAGAUCAUCACAGACAAUGGAACUCAAUUUGUUGAUAAAAAGUUCCAAGAACUUAUGUAUGAAUACAAGAACAAGUACCCAAACCUCUACAGAGGAAACCCUGUUCAAGUUGGUCAUGGUUGCGAGGCAAUGAUCCCGGUCGAUAUCGGAGAACCAUCUUGGAGAAGGAUGCAAAGACUACAAGGAAGUGAGAAGGAAAACAACGAAGCUUUAACCGUAGAGCUUGACCUGUUUCAUAAAAAUAUGGAAAAUGCCAGGUACAAGGAUAUGAUGGAAAAAUGCCUCGUGUCAGCAAGAUAUAACAAGAAGGCCAGACCUCGGUCUUUCUAG